GGGUGGGACAACAUUUUUAGAGUGUUUUAUUUCGAGGGAAUAAAGAUUUGUUUUAUUCACAUGACAUCGGUUAAAACAAACACCGUCAUUUCGCAAUGAUCGAUAUUUUGACAAUAUUUCAUUUUGCGCAAAUGCGUGAAUGGAAUGCAAAUCAGCCUGACUUUCAGUAAUCAGAAACUGAAAUGCUUUAAUAACUUUAUCGUUUUGAACUCAAACACCCACAGCAACAUGAAGACGACCACGUUACUCUUCAUCAUCUUUUUAUUAAUUAACGGUGUUGUUACAGAUGAGUCAGUGUCAGUGUAUGAGGGAGAUUCUGUUACUCUACACACUGAUCUUAUUGAUUCACAGACAGAUGAUCUGAUGGACUGGAGGUUUGGAGAUCAACAGGAUCUCAUAGCUAGAAUCAACAGAGAAGCCAAUUCACUCAGAAUAUAUGAUGAUGUUCUUGAUGGGAGAUUCAGAGACAGACUGCAGGUGAAUAAUCAGACUGGAGAUCUCACCAUCACAAACAUCACAACUCAACACACUGGACUUUAUCAACUAGACAUCAGCAGAGAGAUGAUCACAAGAAAGACAUUCAACAUUAAUGUGUCUGGUGAUAAAGUGAAGACAGUGAUGAUGGGAGAUUCUGUCAUUAUAGUCAAAAAUGUUAUCAAGAAACCAGGCGAUGAGAAGAUGAUGUGGAGGAUUCGACACAACAACUCUCCUGUAGCUGAAAUGACUGGAACAGAAUUAACUUAUAAUGGGAGAUUCAGAGACAGACUUCAGGUGGAUGAUCAGACUGGAGAUCUCAUCAUCACAGACAUCAGACCUGAAGACUCUGGAUCUUAUGAAGUAGAUAUCACUGUCGGCAAUCACUUGUAUACUAUACACAGAUCAUUCAAUGUCAAUGUCAAAGAGCGAGGUCUGUCUCCAGGUGAUGUAGCAGGAAUAUCUCUUAUCAGCCUACUUAUUACUACUGCUGCUGCUGCUGCUGUUGUUGCUGGUGUGUUUUACCAUCGCAAGAUCAGUAAAACAAUAAAAAUAUUGGAUGAAAAGAUUAAAGUGGAGAAAGGUCAUAAUGCUGUUCUUAAGGCUGGUCUGAAAGAACUAAAGAAAGAUGAUAAGAUUGAAUGGAGAUAUGGACAAGAUACAGAGAUGAGAUAUCCUGUGAUAAUGUGGCCAUGGAGAUCUCCAGGUACUCUCAUAGCUAAACAUGAUAAAGAAGGCUUCAACACUUAUAAUGGUCCUGAUGAGAGAUUCAAGUACAAACUGAGUCUGGAUCCUGAGACUGGAGAUCUCAUCAUCAAUGAUGUCAGUAAUAAACACUUUGGAGUUUAUCAACUAAAAUUCACCAGUGGUGGAAAAACCUCAUACAAGAGAUUCAAAGUCUUUGUCACAGGUACAACAAAACUGACGGUGUAUGAGGGAGAAUCUGUUCAUCUGAAGACUAAACUUACUGACAUACAGAGAGUUAAUCUGAUAGAGUGGACAUUUCGAUCUGAAGACUGUGUCAUAGCUGAAAUCAAUCCUGCCAACAAUAUCUUCAGUACAUAUGAUGGUAAUGAUGGUGAAUUCAGAGACAGACUGCACCUGGAUCCACAAACUGGAGAUCUCACCAUCGAUGACAUCACAUGGGGACACCGUGGAUAUUAUACACUGAAGAUCAUCACAGAUGGAGAAACCUACUACAGAAGAUUCCUUUUACCUGUCAAAUGGAAUACAGUGUGUGUGGAUGAGGGAUUCUCUGUUGAUCUGAAGACUGAUCUUACUAACAUAAAGAAAGAUGAUGUGAUAGAGUGGAGAUUUAAUGAAACUCUCAUAGCUGAAAUCAAUCCUGCCAACAAUAUCUUCAGUACAUAUAAUGAUGAUCUAUUCAGAGAUAAACUGAAGCUGAAUGAUCAGACUGGAGAUCUCACCAUCAAUGACUUCAGAGAGGAACAUGAAGGAGGUUAUAAACUGAAGAUCAUCAGAGGUGGACAAUCCUCAUACAAGAGAUUCACAGUGUCUCUCGGAGUUUCAAUGCUGGAAGUGGAUGAGGGAAAAUCUGUCCAUCUGAAGACUGAAGUUACUGACAUAAAGAGAGAUGAUGUGAUAGAGUGGAGAUUUAAAGAAACUCUCAUAGCUGAAAUCAAUCCUGCCAACAAUAUCUUCAGGACAUAUGAUGAUAAUGAUCUAUUCAGAGAUAAACUGAAUCUGAAUCAUCAGACUGGAGAUCUCAACAUCAAAGACUUCAGAGAGGAACAUAAAGGAGUUUAUAUACUGAAGAUCAUCAGAGAUGGAAAAACCUUAGAAAGAAUUUUAGAUGUGUCUAUCAGACUUACAGGUGAAAUAGCAGGAAAACUGUACACGAGAGAGGGAGCAUCUGUUGAUCUGGACACUUUUCUUAAUGACUUAAAGAGAGUUGAUGUGAUAGAGUGGAGAUUUAAUGAAACUCUUAUAGCUGAAAUCAAUCCUGCAAACAAUAUCUUCAGUAUAUAUGAUGGUGAUGAUGAUCUAUUCAGAGGUAAACUGAAGCUGAAUCAUCGCACUGGAGAUCUCAACAUCAAUGACAUCAGAGAGAAACAUGAAGGAGUUUAUGAAGUGAAGAUCAUCAGAGACGGAGAAGCCUCAUACGAGAGAACAAUUGUGUCUCUCUGUGGGAAAACACUGGAAGUGGAUGAGGGGAAAUCUGUUGAUCUGGAGACUGAAGUUACUGACAUACAGAGAGAUGAUGUGAUAGAGUGGAGAUUUGAAGAAACUCUCAUAGCUAUAAUCAAUCAUGCCAACAAGAUCUUCAGGACAUUUUAUAAAAGUUUAUUCAAAAAUAAACUGAAGCUGAAUCUUCAGACUGGAGAUUUCAACAUCGAUGACUUCAGACAUAAAAAUGAAGGAGUUUAUGAAGUGAAGAUCACCAGAGAUGGAGAAACAGUAGUCUAUAGAUUCAGAGUGUCUAUCAACAAUUUUAAGGCAGAAGAUUCAGUAAGGAAGAGAGGAGGAAAUUCAGUGGAGAUAGAGAUGCAGCCGUUGUUGUCACACAUUCAGCAAUUGGUGGUAUCCAGAACAUCAGAACUGAAGCGACAGACAUCAGAAAUCCAGGAGCAACAGCAGCAACAACACGAAAGAUCAGAAUGACAUCAUCUGUACUGAGACCUGUGGUAAAUAAUAAAGAGUUAUUACUGUAACUGAAUCUGAUCUUAGAUCAGCUCAGUAAAUAAACUCUAAUAAUCACACCUGUUGUAUCUGAACACGUCUGACAGAGAUGAGUGAUGUUGAGAUGUUGAGUUUGGUUUGUGAUGGUAUUGUUGAGUACACAUCUGUAUGUGUUUGUAUCCUGAUAUUCAACCUCCAGAGAUAGAGAGAGUCUGAUGUUGAGAUCAGACACACUGAUGAUGGACAAUAAACUGUUUCCUUUAUACCAGGACAGACUCACAUCUCUCACAUUCAACACUGAACACAAUAACACACAGUUUGGAUUUGCUGAUGAUGAAGAACAUUGUGAAGAGUUUCUGGUGAUGACCGGAACGGGCAGGCGAGCUGUCAAACAUGAGAAAAUAAACAAAAAUGUUACAUUACAUUUAUUUAUAAUAUUAUCAAUAUUAGUCAAGAGGUCUGCAUAUAAGGUGCAGAAAUGAGGUGCAUAUAAAUAUUUAUAUAUUUAAUCACUGCGUAGACAAAUAUAACGGUUAAUAUGUCAAAAGUAAAUCCUCGCUCACCAUAGACAAUAACAUUAAAUCUGUAUGAGGUUAUUCUGUUGCUUCUGAUAUUUAUAUGAUAAAGUCCAGAGUCUUCAGUAUUGAUGUUUGUGAUGGUGAGAUCUCCAGUCUGAUUAUUUAACUGAAGUCUGUUUCUGAAUCUCCCAUUAAGAACAUUAGCAUAUUUUGAAAACUUAUUGGCUUCUUUGUUAAUUUCAGCUAUUACAGUCUCUUGAGGACCAAACAUCCACAAUAUCAGAUGAUCUCUCUGUAGUUUAGUAUCAGUUUGUAGAGUAAGAGAAUUUCCCUCCAUCACUGACACUGACUUCACUUCAUCACCAAACACA